ACCACAACUUGCACCAUCAAGCCAGUGGUGCUUCUGGCUCAGAGCAGGCUAUCCUUCCUAGGAGGAACAGGGCAGGAGCAGAACAUCUAACUCAGGUAAGCCCAAGCUCAAAUUAGAGCAGGGGUGGUGAAAAUGUGGACUUCUAGAAGCUAUUGGUAUACAACUCCCACCACCCUUCAUUCAUCAUUGACUUUUCCGACUGGAACUGAUGGGCGUUGGUGGCCAACAAUAUCCAGAGAGCCACAGGUUCUCCAUCCUUGAUCGGUAUGCAUGAUUUUAUUUGUUUUGUUUUGCUUUGGGUGCUACUUCAAGUUUCAGUUGUCGGGAGUAAGAUUCAGGGCAAGGGUGAAGGGCCAACCCUUGUAUACAAGUGGUAAAUUUCAACAGCAUUUGUACCUCCUAAUAUACCUCAGAAAAAUAGGUUCUUUUAAGGAAUAACCAGGUGUGUGGUUUGAUAGACCUAUGUGUGCAUGAGAGGGGGAGAUUUCGCUCCAAAAUGUUUACCCCUGGACCUUCUUACACAGCUGCCAAGGAAGCACAGCAUAAAAUAAUGACACCAUCACUACAACACUGCUCACCCUCUGCCUUUUUUAAUAGCUCAAAGAGGGCUUUCGAGAUAGUCUUGCUGGAGGGAACCAGAAACCCACCUCCCUUUUCAUUCCCAUUUCCUAAUAUUGCAGGAGGCAUGGCAUCAGAACUGGAAAAGGCCUUCCACAGAUAUGCUGUGUAUGGAGACACAGCUGCCACUGGAACUGACAUGACGGGCAAGAACUUCUCCAAGAUGUUGAAGGAGUGUGGCGUGAUGGAUGGGAAACUUGUAACCAGCACUGAUGUGGAUAUCCUCUUCAACAAAGUCAAGUGAGCUGAGGGUGUGAGGGCUGGGUGGAUUUGCGUUUGGACAGGCGUUUUGGGCCAACCCCAUAGCUAAGGGCCACUGGAAGGUUGUCCUGGUCCAAGCCCUGUGUCCUCUCUACUGUGGAACGGCUCAACAAUCCUGCAAGCAAAAUCAGUUCAGCCUUUUCCAUAUGCUGUUAUGGAGAUAACAGCACUUGCCCUACCCUUCAGUAAGAUCAUAAGAACCUGCUGAAUCAGGCCAGUGACCCACCUAGUCCACCAUCCUGUUCUCACAGUGGCUGAUCAGAUGCUUAUGGGAACCCAAAAUCAGGCCCUGAAUUUGGCAGGAAACCCUUAGGGUUAACCCUACUCAAAGCUGACUCAUUGAAAUUAAUGAAUCAUUAAUGAAAUUAAUGAAGUUAGCCAGGCCCAAUAACUCCAAUGAGUCUAUUCUGAGUAGGACUAGCAUUGGAUACAUCCCAUAAGCAAUCCUACACACGAAGCAUAAUGAGGCAGCAGAGUCCUGAGCUGGACAGAUCUUUGAAUGCUUCUGGGUUGUUGUUUUUUGGGUUUUUUAAAUUCCUAUGCAAAUAGAAAAUGAGCACAUAAGGAAAACUGCAAGCCUGGAACUUUCCUCAUGGAUUUACUGGUUUCUACAUUCAGGGAGCUGGGUGGUUUUUUGUGUGUCCCCCCCAAAAAAAACUUGGGAUGCCAUUAAAGAUGGUUUCUCCCACCUGCGAUGUAAAGUGGUGCAAAUCCACACCAAGAUUCAUGUCAGCUGUGGGUAUGAUACUGUGUGUGGAUCUGUGAGCAAUUGGGAGGGUCUGCUGUAGGUGGGGCUCAAAGAUGAUGCCGUUCUCUUGUCUCCAGGAGCAAGGGUGCCCGCAACAUCACGUUUCCAGAGUUCCAGGAAGCCCUGAAGGAGCUGAGCACAAAACGCUUCAAAGGAAAGUCACCCGAAGAUGCUUUGGCAGCUACACACCAGAUGCUGGAAGGCAAAGAACCAGGCAAUGUGGGGGUAACGGUGAGUGACAAGGAGCUCCCCUGCAAAGGAAGAGCACAUCCAAACAGUCCUGCUUCCAUCCCCCCCCCUCCAAAAAUUAUUGGGCUCUUUUGGGCAAAACCACCACACAAACUGCCAAGGGUGGACCCUAAGGACCUGUCUACAAAACCAAGUUGCCAUGAGGCAGGACUGGGAACCUCAGCUCCAGGGGUCAAACGUGGCUGGACUGUGCCCUUGAACUUUGAUAAUGCCUCUUGCUUAUAGGAAUGGGGGACAGGCAACAGUGGGUGUAGAAACUAGUCAACUGCACUAUCACAGAGCUCUCCUGAUGGGGCAUUUUUGGUGGUCCCACAGGACCCUGAGGUUCAGCUGACCUUUACCAGCAGCCAAACUGUUAUUGUGGCAGGCCCUGCCCUUGCCAAUGGAAGUCUGGCAGGAGCCAUCCCUGCUCAUUUUUGGAUUUCUUCUAAAAACUGUGUAUCAUUCAGACGGACCUUUCAGAUUUGCCAGCCAGCUCCUCCUGAUGUGCUUGACAUUGUUCUUGUUUUUGCUGUAAUGCAUUGUUUUUCAUCCAUAUAUUUUAGAUGAAAGUGCGGUUCAUGGAUAUUUAAAGAAAUAAUUACAUUUGUUGUGGUGCCCACAUUUACCUCUGGUUUGGCCAACUAUUGGCAUGUGGCCCUCAGAAAGUUUCCCAGAUGGUAAUAUGGUCCUCAGGCUGAAUUCACCCUGCUGUACUAUCUCCACAUUGGCAGGUGUCAGCACACAUGUUAUCAUCGGGCAGCUGCUGUUGUGCAUCCUAAUUCACCUCUAUUCCCCCCCCCCAGCCGUUCUUUAAAUUUUCCACAAUGCUUCUCAGCAAGCAUUAUAUGUGGCACAAAAGGAAAUUGAACAGAUGGCUACUUCCAGCCCCUUGGUGCUGCUAGGGUCACUGCCACAACAGCCAGGCCAAUUGGGCCUCACCAGACCUCUUCCCCACUAUUAGACCUCUUCCCAAUAUAGAGCAGGAAUGGACUCAGUGCAAUCCUUAGAGCCCAACCACUUUAGGGAUAUAGUUCCAUCCUACCCAUGAGCCUUUACUGUACAGUCAAGGGUUGUGCGGACCAGCAGCAGUUUGUGCUGCCCCAUCCCUAAACUUUCCAUAGGCUGGAAUAAUCCCAUGACUCAGGCCCGCUGGCUUCGUCCAGUGUUGUGGGGGCUGGAGCACCCAGCCCACCCAGCACCUAUGCCAUGACUAAUCAGCACCCACCACAACCAUCACCACUUAAGUGUUCUGCUUGCUUGUCUUGCAGAAAACCGUCGCGGCUGGUGCAGUGGACCGGCUGACAGACACCAGCAAGUACACAGGUUCCCACAAGGAACGUUUUGACGAAAGCGGCAAGGGCAAGGGCAUUGCAGGACGUGCUGACCUGGUCAGUAACAGCGGCUACGUGGGUAACUACAAGGGGGCUGGAACCUACGACAAGUCCCACUAGAUGUGGGGCACAGCCUUCUGAAAACUCUGCCUGUUCCCACUGCCUUGGAAGGGUAGACAAUAAACAUCUGGCCUGACCUGUUGCUCUCCUGCGUCUUGUGUGUGCCUCUGGUACCUGAAAGAGGAGAGUGUUAAUACUCCCUUCUCCCGAUCUUAAGAGGAUAAGAACUUAAGGAGUGUCUGCUGGAUGAGGCCAAUGGCCCAUCUGAGCCUGCAUCCUGUUGUUACAAUGGACAGCCAGAUGCUGGAGGGAAACCCAGCAAGCAGGAGUCAACCACAAGAGCGCUCUCGUCUUCUGUGAUUUCCAGUUGCUUCCCAAGCAUCGCUGCCUCCCAACUGUGGUGACAGAGCACAGGGAUCACGGCUAGUAGCCAUCAACAGCCAUGAAUUUACCAAAUCCAUCCUGUGGGAGCGAGUUCUGUAGUUUAACUAUGCACUGGAUGAAAAAAUACUUUCUGUUCUGAUUCUUCCAACCCUUCCCAGUUGGGUGUCAACAGUGAAUCUGAUCAGCAUCCCCUCAAUUCCUUCUUCCAAGUCAUUUAUAAAGAUGUUGAACAACAAAGGGCCCAGGACAGAACCCUGUGUCACCACACUUGUCACUUUUUCCGAAGCUGUGUGUGGCAGACACCAUCAAAUAAAACUUUCUGCAUGUCAUGCUGC